GUGGCCGACUUUCGGAUCUUUUCGUGUCUGUCCGCCUUCUCAUUAACAUUCCUCAGUUGUGGGUGUGAUACCGAGAAGAUCUCCGGCGCGCGGAGCGGAGACGCGCACCGGCUCCGUGCGUUCAGAAGAGGCGCAGCUGCCGGUGGAAGGGGAGUGACGAGGAGGAGCGGAAAAAGAGACAGCAGAACCUCACCGCCGGCGACCAUUCCUCUACUGGUGUCAUUUACCUGCUACAAAACGCACAUUUCAAGAAGACUUCCUCUUAUUUUCUCUCCGAGGCUAAAGGUUCUUAAUAUGUUCUGGAUCUAACGCCUCCAAAGAGAAACAAGGGAAGACCAGACUCAUCUGGUGGAUGUGGACACCUGAACUGUAGACAUGGGAAAUAUAGUGAAUUUAUUUUUUUCUAUUCUUCUGGUUUUAUGGGUCUGCGCUUUUGGGGGCUCGCCCAGUGUUCAAAUUGGGGGACUUUUUCCAAGGGGCGCAGAUCAAGAGUACAGCGCGUUUCGGAUAGGAAUGGUUCAAUUUGGAACCUCGGAAUUCAGACUGACACCCCAUAUUGACAAUCUGGAGGUUGCCAACAGUUUCGCUGUGACCAACUGUUUUUGUUCACAGUUCUCAAGAGGAGUCUACGCCAUCUUUGGAUUUUAUGAUAAGAAGUCUGUCAACACCAUCACGUCGUUUUGUGGCACGCUACAUGUGUCCUUCAUAACGCCCAGCUUCCCUCUGGACGGAAACCAGCAGUUCGUCAUCCAGAUGCGGCCUGAUAUCAAGGGGCCCCUCCUCAGCCUGAUCGAGUACUACAAGUGGGACAAGUUCGCCUAUCUGUAUGACAGCGAUCGAGGCCUGACAACUCUGCAGGUUGUUCUGGACAUCGCAGCAAUAAAGGAGUGGCAUGUGACUGCCAUCAAUGUGGGAAACCUCAAAGAUGAGAAGAAGGACGAAGCUUACCGCUCACUCUUUCAAGAUCUGGAGAGCAAGAAAGAGAGGAGGGUGAUCCUGGACUGCGAGCAGGACAAAGUGAAAGACAUCAUGGAGCAGGUCAUCAAAAUUGGCCAACAUAUUAAAGGUUAUCACUACAUCAUUGCUAAUCUGGGUUUUGUUGACGGAGACCUUUCCAAAAUUCAGUAUGGUGGAGCAAAUGUGUCAGGCUUCCAGAUUGUUGAUUUCGAAGAGCCUUUGGUCUCAAAGUUUAACCAACGAUGGGAAGCACUGGAGGAGAAGGAAUAUCCAGGAGCAGACAGCAAAAUUCGGUACACAUCAGCACUGACCUACGAUGCUGUUCAGGUGAUGACAGAAGCCUUCAGAUACCUUCACAAGCAGCGCAUUGACUUUACAAGGAGGGCCAACACAGGGGACUGUCUGGCUAAUCCAGCUGUGCCUUGGGCUCAGGGAGUGGAAAUUGAGCGAGCGCUGAAACAGGUGAACGUGGACGGCCUUUCUGGAAACAUUCAGUUUGAUCAACAUGGCAAGAGACUCAAUUACACAGUUGGUGUGAUGGAAUUAACGGAUAACGGUCCUGUGAAGAUUGGAUUCUGGAAUGAAAACAACAAAAUGGUUGUGACCAAAAAAGAUAUCUCUAGCAACGACACAAUCGGGGGAAACAAAACUGUUGUUGUCACCACCAUUUUGGAAGCUCCGUAUGUUAUGCUGAAAAAGAACGCCGACCAGUUUGUGGACAACGAGCGCUACGAGGGUUACUGUGUUGAUCUGGCUGCAGAGAUAGCCAAACACUGUGGCUUCAAGUAUGAGCUGAGAAUCGUGGGUGAUGGGAAGUAUGGAGCCAGAGAUGCAGAAACCAAAAUCUGGAAUGGAAUGGUUGGAGAGUUGGUGUAUGGUAAAGCAGACAUCGCAGUGGCGCCUUUGACCAUAACAUUGGUGCGAGAGGAAGUGAUUGACUUUUCUAAGCCUUUUAUGUCUCUGGGAAUCUCCAUCAUGAUCAAGAAGCCUCAGAAAUCCAAACCUGGAGUGUUUUCUUUCUUGGACCCUCUGGCCUAUGAGAUCUGGAUGUGCAUCGUUUUUGCUUACAUCGGCGUCAGUGUGGUGCUGUUUCUUGUCAGCCGCUUCAGCCCCUACGAGUGGCACACUGAGGAGUACGAAGACGGCCAGAUCCAGACCAAUGAGUCGACUAACGAGUUUGGCAUAUUUAACAGCCUGUGGUUCUCACUUGGAGCCUUCAUGAGACAAGGAUGUGACAUCUCUCCCAGAUCCUUGUCUGGGCGUAUUGUUGGUGGCGUCUGGUGGUUCUUUACUCUAAUCAUCAUCUCCUCCUACACGGCUAACCUGGCUGCCUUUCUGACUGUGGAGAGAAUGGUUUCUCCCAUUGAAAGUGCAGAGGAUCUGGCCAAACAGACGGAGAUAGCAUAUGGAACUCUGGACUCUGGCUCCACUAAAGAGUUUUUCAGGCGCUCAAAAAUUGCCCUCUUUGACAAAAUGUGGACAUACAUGCGCAGCGCAGAACCGUCUGUCUUUGUAAAAACCACAGCCGAAGGGGUCCAGAGAGUCCGCAAGUCUAAGGGGAAGUACGCCUACCUGCUGGAGUCCACCAUGAACGAAUACAUCGAGCAGCGAAAGCCCUGCGACACCAUGAAGGUGGGAGGUAACCUGGACUCCAAAGGCUACGGGAUCGCCACGCCGAAAGGAUCCUCAUUAAGAAAUGCGGUUAACCUCGCAGUACUAAAACUGAAUGAGCAAGGCCUGUUGGACAAAUUGAAAAACAAAUGGUGGUACGACAAAGGAGAGUGCGGCAGCGGGGGAGGUGAUUCCAAGGAGAAGACCAGUGCCCUAAGCCUGAGCAACGUGGCUGGGGUCUUCUACAUUCUGGUCGGAGGACUCGGUUUGGCCAUGCUGGUGGCCUUGAUUGAGUUCUGUUACAAGUCCCGAGCCGAGGCGAAACGAAUGAAGGUGGCAAAGAAUGCACAGAAUAUUAAUCCAACUUCCUCGCAGAAUUCACAGAAUUUUGCAACUUAUAAGGAAGGUUACAACGUAUAUGGGAUCGAAAGUGUAAAAAUUUAGGGGGGAGUACUGGGGAGAAUGGUCGGGUGAUGACUCCAGAGUUUCCCAAAGCUGUCCACGCUGUCCCGUAUGUGAGACCUGACAUGGGACUAAACGUCAGCCUGACAGAUCUAUCCUGAUCACUGAGAAACUCCUGAGUGCCUUACAAUGGUUUCAAUAGAGUGAUUUUUUUUUUCUUUUGUCCCUCGUUUCUGUUUUGGCACUUUUUUUUAUUUGUCUUGUGAAAAAGUAAAGGUAUGAGAGAGAUUUCUCUUUCUCCACACAAAGACUUUUACUGUUGCUCUCUAUCUACAUUUUCCAUAAAAUAGCUUCCCUUAAAGGGUGGAAUUUUACUCGAAAUAUAAACAGUUGGCUUUUGUUUUCUAAACUUGUGGUAUCGUGCUUUCCUACCUGCUUGAACUGGACUGAGAAAGAAGCAAGGGCUUGAUUCACGGCUGCAGUUUCUCCUGGGGGUCAGCGAUUCAGUCAGCCCCGCUGUAUUUGUGUGCCUGAAUAGUGCAAGUGCGUGUGUGUGUGUGUGUGUGUGUGUCGGGGUGUGUGAGAGAGAGGGAGGGGUCAAUUUAUUGAUUACAACUGUUUCUGUAGCCCCUACCGCCAAACUGGAUUUUCAAGCACACUUGAUAUCACCUCCAUUAAGAUGUGAAAUGGAUUUUUUUUUGUAAGAAAAUUUGCAGAGAAAAAAAUGUACAAAAAAAUAUUUUUAUGUAUUUUCACAGAAUAGCUUUUAAAUAAACUUGUAUACAUACUGGUUGGAUAUGAACGACUUAACGUGAGAGUUCAGAUAGAAAGUACUAAACAGCUUCUAGUUCCAUAUUUGAAAGCCAAAAACAUUGCAUAAGAGAGUGAGAUCUUAAAGACAUGUAAUUAAUUCUUAAUAAAAACUUUCCUGUAUAUUUUAUUCUUUAACAUUAGGUGUUGAUAUGAUCUAUAUGUCAAUGCUUGACAUUUGGAAAUAAUCCUUCUUAGCUUUUUAUUGUUGGAGUUGUUGCAGCAAUUUUCUUUUGUUCUUUUGUCUCUGUUGGCUUCAGUGCUUUUGCUGUUUGUAAUCUUUCUGAUGAGGACCAGAGUCACCGCUCUGUUUUCAAGAAGAAACAUAAUCUGUUUACAUGCCAUGAAUGGAAAACAAUGAACAGGAUGAUACGGUAUUAUAGUAUUACAUUCGGAAGUGACAUGAAGAGGAGGCAUCCACUUUCAUAUGGCUUAGGUGAAGGUCCAAAAUGCCAAAUAAGUAAGAGUGCCAAAUUCUAGUGCCAGUAGGUAUAACUAUUGUCUUACUAUAAUGAAUAACUGUCAUCUCAGUGAAUGUAAAUGACUCUGAUACAUUCUGUAACUUUUGUAUCUAGGUGUACAGUUGGUGGCAAUGACAGUGCUAAUAACAACAGCCUUUUUGCUUUGUUUUUCCGUCUCCAUAUUUUUUGCAUUGAUCUGACAAUAAAGUAGCACCGGUUGCAUGUUGUUGCCACAUUAUACUACAUAUGUUUUUUUCAUUAAUGCCAUUUGUUUUCACUUUGUUGUUGAGACUGUGAGGUUACCUAUUUGAAAUUGGAAAUAUAAUGUAAGACAUAUACAUAUAUAAAUAUAGAUAUACACACAAUAUAUAUACAUAAAUCAUAUAUUUUAUAUAAAAAGUUGAAAUAUUUAAAAGCUGUAUCCCGUUACAAAAGCUACUUUGCUUCCGUUAAAUACUACAUUUAUUUGUCAGGUUCUGAAAAUGCUUUUAAAUCAUUUUCAGUUCUGUUUUGCACUAUUUUUUUUAAAUGAGCACAUUUGUCUUCAAUUCCCUGUCAAAACUCAACCUAAGCUGUAUUAUUUUCAAUGUUUCUUCAAUUCAACAUUAUAAACAAACCAUAGUUGCUAAUCAGUUCCAUUACAUAUUCAGGCUUAACACUGACAUUUUGUAUAUGGAAUGUGUGCUAACUUCAUUAUUUUUUGAAACUAUUUCUAAAUAAAAGUGACUGAUUUCUUG